AUUAAAAAAAAGAGAGGAAUUUGAUGAAAGAAAUUAAAUAGCGAAACCAAACGCAGCCUUACUUAUAGAGAUACAGACGACCAACGGAGAAGUCAAACCAAAGAAGAGUAAGGGAGGGGAAGGGAGAGAGAGAGAAAACGAGAGGAGAGAGAGAGAGAGAGAAAAACCUGAAUAAAUUCUCUCUUACCUGAAAACCCUAAUUCAGUUAUCCUGCUCCGAUGAUUCCUUCCCAUUCGGGGCGAAUUCCUGAAAGCAAGCACUAAUUUAGUCAAUUCAGUGAACGGAAAUCAAUCAUGGCCGAGGUAGGGCAAGAGACAUUGGAUUUCGCGGCUCUGGUUGGACGCGCCGCCGAGGAAUCCUAUGUUUCGCUUAAGGAAUUGGUGGAGAAAUCCAAGUCCACGGAAAUGUUAUCCGACGCCGAUAAGAAGAUUAUGAUUUUGAAGUACAUUGUUAAGACCCAGCAGCGGAUGCUCCGUCUCAAUGUCCUUGCCAAGUGGUGCCAGCAGGUUCCUUUGAUCCAGUACUGUCAACAACUUGCAUCAACUCUAUCAAGUCAUGAGACUUGCUUCAGUCAAGCUGCAGAUUCAAUGUUUUUUAUGCAUGAGGGGCUACAACAAGCUCGAGCUCCCAUCUAUGAUGUUCCUUCUGCUAUUGAGGUUCUUCUUACUGGAAGUUACCAGCGUUUACCAAAAUGCAUAGAAGAUGUGGGCACACAGAGCAUAUUGAAUAAGGAUCAGCAAGGGCCAGCUUUAAAGAAACUUGAUACGCUUGUUAGGUCAAAGUUACUUGAAGUUUCACUUCCAAAAGAAUUUACUGGAAUCGAAGUUUCUGAUGGUGUUGUCUUGGUUCGGGUUGAUGGGGAAUUCAAAGUUCUUGUCACACUUGGCUAUCGAGGUCAUUUGUCAAUGUGGAGGAUAUUACAUUUGGAGUUGCUUGUUGGUGAGAGAAGUGGGCUUGUGAAGGUGGAAGAAUCACGACGACAUGCUCUUGGAGAUGAUUUGGAACGCCGAAUGGCUGCAUCAGAAAACCCAUUCACGACAUUAUAUUCUAUUCUUCAUGAGCUAUGUGUUGCUCUUAUCAUGGACACUGUUAUAAGACAAGUGCAAACACUCCGACAAGGCAGAUGGAAAGAUGCAAUUCGUUUUGAACUCAUAUCUGAUGGUACUACUGGGCAAGGAGGGAGUGCUUCCUCCUCCCAUGGCACUCAUGACGGAGACACUGAUUCUGGCUUACGAACUCCUGGAUUGAAAAUCAUAUACUGGUUAAAUCUUGACAAAAGCACUGGAACAUCUGAUUCAGGGAUAUCCCCAUUCUUAAGAAUUGAACCACGCCCCGAUUUGCAGAUAAAGUGUUCACAUAGCACAUUUGUGAUUGAUCCUCUAACUGACAAGGAGGCAGAUUUUACCCUUGACCGAAGUUGCAUUGAUGUUGAAAUGCUACUGCUCAGAGCCAUUGGCUGUAAUAGAUAUACCCGCCUUCUUGAGAUUUACAAGGAAGUGGAGAAGAAUGGACAGAUCAACAGAACACCUGGUGAUGUCCAGCUUCAGUUUCAUUUGGAUGAUUUUGCAACUGAUUGUGGAAAGAGGGAUAAUGAUGCACUUGAUCAAAAGCAUGAUGGCCAGGAAGUUCUGCAUGUGCGUGCCUAUGGUUCUUCAUUUUUCACUCUUGGAAUAAACAUAAGGAGUGGUCGUUUUCUUCUUCGCUCAUCGAAGAAUAUCAUAUCAUCAAAGGCUUUGCUAGAGUGUGAAGAAGCAUUGAACCAGGGAAGUAUUACAGCAGCGAAAGCUUUUAUCAACUUGAGGAAAAAUAGUAUUUUACAUUUAUUUGCAAGCAUUGGACGGUUCUUGGGUCUUGAGGUAUUUGAUCAUGGGUUUACAGCAGCAAAAUUGCCAAAGAACAUUUCGGAUGAGUCAAAUUCAUUAUUCAUGGGAUUCCCAGAGUGUGGGAGUUCUUAUUUCUUGUUAAUGCAACUUGACAAGGAGUUCAAACCUUGUCCCAAGUUAAUAGAAGCACAGACAGAUCCCUCUGGGAAAGGUGAAGCAUUUGGUGAUAUGAGCAAAGUAACUAGAGUAAAAGAUUUGGAUAUUAGUACGAUGCACAUGUGCAAAGAUGAACUCAGUUUGAGCCUUCUCGAUCGUCGGAAGAUGGUAUCGAUUCUUGAUGAUGUUAAUGUUAAUGAGGUUUCUGAACGCAUUCUUCACUCUAACUCCAGCUUGGAAGGUUCUGUUGCUCGAUCUAGUGUUCCUAUCAGUUUCUCAUCUAUUGUCGAUGAAGUCUUUGAGAUUGAGAAAGGGUCAUCUGGACAUAACACAUUGUCUACAUCUGGUCUGUCUUCUACAUCCCGUUUUGGCUUGGGAAGUAUGAAUCUCCAUAAUGCAAAACCUUCAGCAUCACCCCAAAACUGGGAUGGAGCUCAAACAUUACAAAAUUCUGUGAGCAAUUUUAAGAGCUUGAUGCCGUCUGGUUCCACCAGUUCACUUACCACGCCUUCAGUGAAAAGCCAAGCUAUGAAUAAAUUAACAGCUUCAAAGUCAGAUCAGGAUCUGUCUGCUCUCAGGUCUCCACAUUCUGGUCGCUUUGGUUCUUACGGUGUAAUGGACGAAGACCAGCUGACUGUAGCUGGACUUCCCUCAGCUCGGCUUUUGUCUCCACCACAGCGCACCGGCCCUCCAGUUUCAGUAGUGAGCAUGAAGUCUAAUGAACCUAAAAGCACGCCUGCUGGGACUGUAUCAGGGAACUUUGCUAUUUCUGGAUCUAACUCAUGGAUUAAUUCUCCUAUAUCUUCAACACUGGACAGUGCUGUUCUCGAGAACUCAAACCAAGAAAGCAUACCUCAACAUGAUGGAAUACCCCGAAAACGAACUGUGUCAGAUAUGUUAAAAUCUAUUCCCUCACUGCAUUGUCUUGCAAUCAAUGAAGCAUCUAAUAAGAGAAGGAAAAUUAAGGAAACACCACAUGCCGAGCUUUCUCAUACACCGCCUCUUAGUUCUUGUGACCAUCCUUGUAAAAUUGAAAAACACAGCUUUGCGAAUCUUAUAGCUGAAGCCAAUAUGGGCAGCGCAUCUCCUAGUAUUUACGUAUCUGCGCUCCUUCACAUUGUUAGACAUUGCUCACUGUGUAUAAAACAUGCCCGAUUGACUAGUCAGAUGGAAGAACUUGAUAUACCCUAUGUUGAAGAAGUGGGUCUGAGAAGUGCAUCCUCAAACUUGUGGUUCCGCCUUCCAUUUUCCAGAGAUGAUACAUGGCAACACAUAUGUUUGAGGCUGGGGAGCCCUGGAAGCUUGUACUGGGAUGUCAAAAUUGUUGACCCACACUAUGAGGACUUGUGGGAGCUUCAGAAUGGGAGCAAUACUACCCCGUGGGGUUCUGGUAUUCGAAUAGCUAAUACAUCUGAUGUGGAUUCUCAUAUCCGUUAUGACUCGGAAGGUGUUAUAUUGAGUUACAAUUCUGUGGAGGCUGAUAGUAUUAAGAAGUUAGUGGCUGAUAUACAAAGACUUUCAAAUGCUAAAACUUUCGCCCUUGGAAUGCGAAAACUAUUAGGUGCAAGGACUGAUGAGAAACUGGAAGAGAACAAUGGAAACUUAGACAGCAAAAAUCCUGCUGGAUUGAAAACCGUGAUGGAGGGUUAUGAAAAGUUGUCUGAACAGAUGAGAAGAGCGUUUAGAAUUGAAGCUGUUGGACUAAUGAGUUUGUGGUUUAGUUUUGGUUCAGGUGUCCUUGCUCGCUUUGUUGUUGAGUGGGAGUCUGGUAAAGAGGGCUGCAGAAUGCAUGUUUCUCCCGACCAGCUUUGGCCCCAUACUAAGUUUUUAGAAGAUUUCAUUAAUGGAGGCGAAGUUGAAUCCCUUUUGGAUUGCAUUCGACUGACUGCUGGACCGUUGCAUGCUCUUGCUGCUGCUACAAGGCCUGCGCGAGCUGCUCCUGUUUCUGGGGUUCCUGGGAUGACAAGCUCUAUUUCUUCUACUUUAAAGCAGACUGGAUAUGUGCCAUCUCAGAGUCUGCCUAGCAAUUCCAACACGAAUACUAGUCAAGCUUCAUCUGGUCCUGCGGGUAAUCCUGGUGUUCCUACAUCAACAGGCCCUAUUGGAACUCAUAAUACUGCUGCAGUCCUGGCAGCAGCCGCGGCGGCAGCAGCAGCAGCUGCUGCUGGUCGAGGUGGUCCUGGCCCUGGCAUUGUUCCCAGUUCAUUGUUGCCAAUUGAUGUUUCUGUGGUGCUAAGAGGCCCCUACUGGAUUAGAGUCAUAUAUCGCAAAAAUUUUGCUGUUGACAUGCGGUGUUUUGCUGGAGAUCAAGUUUGGUUGCAACCAGCUACCCCACCAAAAGUUGGUGCACCUAUUGGGGGAUCACUUCCAUGUCCGCAGUUUCGACCUUUUAUUAUGGAGCAUGUUGCUCAGGAAUUGAACGGCAUCGAUUCUAACUUUCCAGGUGCUACCCAGGCGCUUGGAUUGUCUAAUUCAAAUAAUCCCAAUCAGAGUGCAACUUCACAGCUACCAGUUACGCCUGGAAGCAGAUCCAACCUUGCAAAUACUUCACCAAUGGCUCGAACAGGAAAUGUGUUAGCUGUUUUAAACCGGACAGGAAACUCUCUUCCUGGAUCUUCCAAUGUACCUUUGGUUAACCAAUUACGUAGAUCACCUAGUUCUGCGGUCCCUGCUCAUGUUAGAGGAGAGCUGAAUACUGCCAUAAUUGGACUUGGGGAUGAUGGAGGCUAUGGUGGUGGAUGGGUUCCUCUUGUCGCACUAAAAAAGGUCCUUAGAGGUAUUCUGAAGUAUCUUGGAGUACUGUGGCUAUUUGCACAAUUGCCAGAACUUUUGAAAGAGAUCCUCGGGUCAAUUCUGAAGGAUAAUGAAGGUGCAUUGUUGAAUUUGGAUCAGGAGCAGCCAGCUUUGCGCUUCUUUGUUGGCGGCUAUGUAUUUGCUGUUAGUGUUCACAGAGUUCAACUUCUUCUCCAAGUCCUCAGCGUCAAAAGGUUCCAGCCAACUCAGCAGCAACAGAAUUCAGCCACUGCUCUAGAAGAAUUAACUCAAUCCGAAAUAGGAGAGAUAUGCGAUUACUUCAGUCGUCGUGUGGCAUCUGAACCCUACGAUGCAUCUCGAGUUGCCUCAUUCAUCACCCUCUUGACUUUACCGAUUUCAGUUCUGCGAGAAUUUCUGAAACUCAUCGCAUGGAAGAAAGGAUUAACUCAAGGUCAAGGAGCUGCUACUGCUGCUGACUCAGCAUCCCCUACUCAAAAAUCCCGAAUCGAAUUGUGCCUCGAGAAUCACAUGGGGUUCAACAAAGAUGGCAUCGCCGAUAAUACAUCAUCAGUAUCCAAGAGCAAUAUUCACUACGAGAGGGCCCACAACUCGGUUGACUUUGGACUGACUGUUGUUCUUGAUCCAGCACAUAUACCUCAUAUAAAUGCUGCUGGAGGUGCAGCUUGGUUGCCUUACUGCGUUUCGGUGAGAUUAAGGUACUCGUUUGGUGAAAAUAAUCCAACUGUAAGUUUCCUUCGAAUGGAGGGAAGCCAUGGUGGGCGUGCUUGCUGGUUGAGAAGUGACGAGUGGGAUAAAUGUAAACAAAGAGUGAUUAGAACUGUGGAAGUGAAUGGCUCUUCUUCUGGUGGGGAUAAUAAUAAUACUAAUACUAAUAAUAAUACGAAUCAGGGAAGAUUGAGAGUUGUUGCUGAUAGUGUGCAGAGAACUUUACACGCUUGCCUUCAAGGACUAAGAGACGGCAUAGGAAUGACGUGAUUUUGAAGAUUAAUACUUAGGAGAGAUGACUUUUUGAUUUAAAUGAAUGGUGAUUCGAGAGGGGAUUUUGAUUGGUUUUAGUUAUUUUAGCAUACGCAGCAGCAGCAUGGUUUUCCAAAGUGAUUUGAGCUUGGCUAACUUGAAGACAUGUAUUUUAGUCAGGUUAUUGUUUGUUUCUCUGUGUACAGGGUAGUAGUGGUUUUUAUAGGUUUUUGUAUAAAUUUGAUCACUCGAUAUUUUGUACAAUUCAAACUGCCACUCUGUGAAAAGAAAGUGGUCUUUCAAUUUACUUUUCGUUAGAAACUAAUUGCUGUCGUAUAUUUUUUGGGUACAUA